CAGGUUUACAGCCCUUUGAAGGCAGAGAAAGACUCUUCCCUAAACUUUCAAUAUUCUGGUCCAUCUGAAUAGAUGCACAUGACACUUUCUCAGCUCUGCUUCCUUGAACACCAAGAUGAGCUACACUCACCCUGAGAAGUACGUGAUGAGCAUGGUCGACCUGUUCCACAAACACAGCAAACCGGACGACAUGAUUGACGAGCCGGGCCUGCUGAUGUUGCUGAAGGAGAAUUUCCCUAACUUUGUCAAGGCCUGUGAGAGAAGGGGCAAAAAUUACUUGUCCCAUGUCUUUGAGGAAAAGGAUCAGAAUAAGGAUAAGAAGAUCCAGUUUUCGGAGUUUCUGUGCUUGGUGGGGGACAUAGCCAUGGACUACCACAGGCAGAGCCACGGAGCCCUGCCCUGUUCGGGGGGAAGACAGUGAGCGUGCCCAGCCCCAGGCCGCCAGAAACCACAAGAAAUAAUAAAGUGUCCCUUUUGUCCAGAAAAAAAAAGAGAAAGAAAUAAAGAAAUAACCUUACAAUCA